CAGUCACCCCAUUGCUGGCUUACAACACAAGCAAAUCGGUAUAAGUAGGAAAAUGGGGAAUCGUGGCGUGCACAUUUUGCAAAUAAUAUGAACAGGCACUAUAUAUAAUGAAGACGGGCUAAUCUUUCUCAGCUUGCUCUUUUUGCGUUUUACCCGCAAAUAACCAUCGGAGUGAACUCUCAUGUUCUUCAGAGGUCCAUUUGCUCGUUCACAUAUUGUUGGGGGGCUCUGUCACCUGUUGACUCACGCAUGAACGAGCUCAGAAUAAAGAGGAUUCUCGGCGGCCGCAUAUUAUUUCAAUACGUAAACCUGGUCGCCUGAUAAGCCACUGUUACUGACCCGCUUUGGGGCUUCUUUACACUCUGAGUGUCGGGAAAAACUGGGUCUACGUGUAAUUAAAUCACUUGUUUAAGAUGAUUUUUUGAGGCCAUAAUAUGUUGUGAUUCUCAGGUGAAGUCGUCUGCAAACAAACGAAUUCAAACGGCCCCAAAUGAACAAAAGAAAACGAGCAAUUGGCCAUUGUAACAAGAAGUAUAAAACUCUGGAUUCCUACAAACUUUUAUGCAUUACUUAAAAAAAUGGAGAGAGGGCUCUUUUCAUUGCUUGGUUUACCUCUGGUCAGGCUAAGUCUUUUCUUUUUCUUUUUAAUCCGUCCUUUUAUUUUAGAAAAACACAAAACCAGGUUCCACGCAGUGCUUUAGUAGCUAAAAGUGAAAGAGCUGCUUUUUUUCAGAGCUCAGCUUCUAUGAAUCGCUCUGGAAAAUUGGUUCUUCUGAAUAGGUGAAGGGGGAAAACGUUUAAUAGGAUCCGAGGGAGGCUCUGCUCUCGCAAUCUGCUCCUUAAACAGGUGGAAAUAGGACCUCCUCAAUUAUACAAAUAGAGGCUGCUCGGCUGCUGCUCACACCAAGUUGUGCGAGGAUGGCGAGCUCCGCGCCUUUGGAGACCGUGACGCCCUGUCCGAGACACGAGUCCAGGCUGGGAAGCGGCGGCACCCCGAAGAGCCUGGCCUUCUCCAUCGAGCGAAUCAUGUCCAAAACGUGCGAGCCGAAAACUUCUGCGGAGGACAAGCCCCGGGCAGGGGACGCUGCGGAAGGGAAAAAGAUCAUCAGCCUUUGUUCACCGAUCCCUUGUAUGAUUCCCCUACAACCGUUUGGCUACGACCUGCAGAGCAAGGCGUUCAUCAACUACUCCGAGUUUUGGAAAGCUAAUUUCAGGGGCACGCUUUGUAACUCGGCCACCAUGUGCAAGUCCAACUGCGGCAUGUGCUGCAAGAGCGAGGCGAGUUUUGUGCAUUCGCUCUUACCAGCGAGUCGAGUCAUCAAACCUCAGGUCAUUCACCAGGCGGUGACAAUGCCAGCCAACGGAUCUCUAUACUAUUUGAAUUACUUGGACUCUUCGUAUCGCCCCUCUGACAUUUUAAGUGGACAUUUAUUUCCCUCCGGCAUUGUUACUCCUCAAUCACAGACUUCUCUGUCUGCACACCAAAAACUACUUUUGCUGGAAAAUGCCAAACUGGCUAAUCUAACGGCAGACAAAUUUCCGACACCCCAGUUUCCUCAUAAAGAGCAUCUGCCAGGACAGCUGGAUCAGAUCGUGAAGGACAGCAGUAGUCUGACCACGGAGAAGAGCGGCGUGAAAACGCACAGCAAACUGACCAGCAGCCCGGCGGACGGCAAGCCCAAGCAUUUCACCUGUGACGUGUGCGGCAAGGUGUUCAAUGCGCAUUAUAAUUUAACCCGUCACAUGCCAGUGCACACGGGGGCCAGACCCUUUGUGUGUAAAGUGUGCGGUAAAGGGUUUCGCCAGGCUAGCACUUUGUGUAGGCACAAAAUCAUCCACACGCAGGAAAAACCUCACAAAUGCAAUCAGUGUGGCAAAGCGUUUAACAGAAGUUCAACACUAAACACUCACAUUCGCAUUCACGCCGGAUACAAACCGUUCAUUUGCGAGUUUUGUGGAAAGGGGUUUCAUCAAAAGGGAAAUUACAAGAACCACAAAUUGACUCACAGUGGCGAGAAACAGUAUAAAUGCACCAUCUGCAACAAAGCUUUCCACCAGAUUUACAACCUGACCUUCCAUAUGCACACCCACAACGACAAGAAGCCGUUCACCUGCGGGACCUGCGGGAAGGGCUUUUGCAGGAACUUUGACCUCAAAAAGCACAUCAGGAAACUUCACGACAGCAAUUUAACGACGACGAGCGAGCUGUCGAGGGCAAUGCAAGGCUGAAUGCCCCUCUCUCAAAAGACAAUCCAAUUGUGGGAUAUAUAAAUCCAUUUCUUUAAUAUGGAAGAGUAUACUUGAAUUGCUCUAGGUACCCCAUACUACUUACUUUUCAUUUUAUUACAUGACGUUUGACUGACAAUGUACAGAGUGUUAUUUAAGCGUUUAUCCUCUAUGUUCUGUAAUGUAGUACUUGUUUAUAACAAUGUAUCGAGUUAAGCGUUAAGUAUUUGUAGCUCUUGCUUCAUUUUAUAUAAAUUAAAAAAUGUAAAUUUAUGUGUGAUGAAAGCGGUAUACAGUUAUGCCGUUAUGAAGAAGCGAAAUAUUACAAUUCAUAAAAUAUUUUUCCCGUUAAUAAACCGAGUUACGUUUCUUCGGAAUUGA